AUGCCUGAUCGCCUGGAUGAGGAACAAGAGCGAGAAGUCCGGCACAUUCUCGCUGAUUCGACUUUUGAGAAACAAAUCUCUGGCGCAAUAGUCAACAAUCGGAACCUGCAGCGGCUGAGACCGGGCCAAUGGCUAGAUGACGAAUCCAUCAACUUUUACGCCGUGCUGAUCAACAACCGCUCGAACGAUAUGCGAGAAUUGCGAGCGGCUGCGCUCGAAGGGGAGAGGAAGCGCGCGAAAAAGGCACAGGGAUACUGGGAUGUGCACGCCUUUCAGACGCACAUGUUUGUGAAGAUUCAAAGAGAAGGUCAUGCGGGUGUCAAGCGAUGGACCAAGAAGGUCGACGUGUUCUCCAAGGAUCGAAUCAUCUUCCCAGUCAAUCGGAGCAACAGUCAUUGGGUCACGGCUGCGAUCAAUUUGCGUCAGCGGCGCUUCGAGUUUUACGAUUCGAUGACUGGAGGAUGGGCACACGAUGCUGCGCACGCACUGAGGGCGUGGCUGGAAGCCGAAUGGCUCGCCAAAAAAGCGUCUUCUUUCGAUGGCAAGACGUUGGACACCAGCGGAUGGGACGUGUACGACUGCCCCACGAACCCUCAGCAGGAAAACGGCUCGGAUUGCGGCGUCUUUACGGUUCUCAUGAUGGAGCACCUUUCCAGAAGGGACCCUUGUCUGGAUGAAGAUUUGCGCGAAAUGGAGUGGAACUUUGCUCAGAGCAAUGUGCCAUACUACCGGAGACGCAUGAUCUGGGAACUCGGCAAUGCUACCUUGCUCGAAUGA